AUGAAGGAAACCAACACUCCUCUGCAAAGGCCUUAUGCAUUUGACCAGCUGGCGAGGAACAUUAUGCAGCCAGCUGUUGCUAUCAGGUGGCGCCCUUCGCUUACCGAUGAGCAGAAGCGGGAAAUUACUCACGAAGGCCUUGGCUCUCAGCGCGGCUCCGCAGCCUUCGCAAAGCUCGUUGCUGAUUUGAGUAAGCCGAAGCCGAAGCACAUGUUGCCCUCCCUUCGACAGUUCAAGUUCACGGUUGAGAGCAUGUGA